GUGCUAGCGUGUGUGUGCGUUAGCCAUUCACAAUAUAAUCGAAAACUGUUACAACAGCAACACCACCAGCCGUGGCAGAAGUUAAGACUAGCAACAGUCAGUCCGUCUUCGCCUGUCGAGGUGUACGAACGUUAGCUGCGGGUCUCCUUGCAAAAGUUGCCAACCACUACAACAGGGAAAAAAGGAUAUUUUGCCCAUCUAAUACCAACAUUUGUAGACCAAAUAUUAACUAACUGAAUGGCAGAGAUGUGAAUGCGUGUGUAUUUGUGUGUGCGUGCGUGUGAGAGUUUUGCAACAGUGUUGGUGGUUCACCAAAGCAAAUCCAAGAAGUACAAAGAAGAGUUCUUGCUGCAUUGUUGCCUCCAGAAAGUAAAGAACUCGAAGUGUUAAACACAAAACUGUUGAAUUGGUUAUUGUUGGGAAUUGUUAAUUUGCGAAUGGUAAAAAAGAUGAAAAAUAGAAAGGGAGUGAAGUGAACGAACCAAACAUUGAUAGAAAGAAAAAAAAAAAGAAACGGGAAUUGUAAAUUGUGUUAAAACGUAGAAAAAAAAAACAAAAUACAAAGUGCUACAAUUCCAAAGCUUCAUAUCUUGGCCGCACAGCCUUAGGCUUCCUUCUGUGUAUUUGCCCCGUUAGCCCCGUAGACUUUGACGGAAAUUGUGCCUGAUUUGUUAAGCGGAAACGGAAAUCGAAACAUUUUGAAAUUAUUUGUAACGGGAAACAGUGUCGAAUUCGAUUUUAAUGCGACAAAAAAGACAUCACCAGGACCCAGAAACCAGGUGUCCUCGUCUUGUUCUCUCUCUCCUUACCACUUUCAGUCAAUGCCAUUGCCCCAGUUAAAGUGGUGGGAGUUUUACAUUUUUAUGGUUACUGUGAUAAGGUUGAUGUUCGAAUUGUGAAAAUAAAAAUAUUUAUAGAUUUGUAAAAAUGUUGUUUUUGUCGUCAUCGUCCACAUCAUCGACGUUGUUGUACUUGUUGUUGCUGUCUAAAUGUCGCAGUCAAUUCAUGUGGAACUCAGUGAAGAACCUUUAAAACUUUGCUCUUGGCAUUCGUUUAUUUUGGGAAAACCAACCAAUACUGAUACCGUUACCAAUACACAGACAUUGAACAACAUAAUCACCUAUUACGAGCAGCAUCAGCAGCAUCAUAACGACCGCCAGCAACAGCAGCAGUAGGAGCAACAGUUUUUGAAUCGAACAGUCCAUGUGUCUUUUCCUUAUUCACUAAACUGGGAUUCCUUUGUGCUAAUGCUCGCUACUCCGUAAUCUUAAUGACAAUAUUACAAAAUAAUAAAAACAAACAUUUGGCAAUGAACGGAAAACGGUGAAAUCAAACAGAAUCAUGAAAACUUCCGGUGCAAUAAAUGAAAUGGAGGAUUUUGAUAUUGCCUCAGGUGAAAUCGAUAAUAAAACAGAUCCAAUUUACUCAAUUAAGCCGGACUUUAUAACACAAUGGCGCCUUAAAAAGGAACGUGAAAAUCUCUGCCGUUCGAUUUACAAUCGUUUUGUCGAACAUAACGAAUGUAAACGUCUGCUCAAAGCAGCCCAAUUGUAUCGGCCGUAUAUUGGAGAAAAUGGUGAAUUGAAUCUGUGGACCACUGAUGAUUUGGAGCGUUUGGCUGCCUAUGUGAAUGGCACGUCGACGGCAACAACAAAUAGUACAAGUUUAUAUGGAAACAUUGGCACAGAGACCGAAGGUCCGGCCUUGGUGUUGCCACCAUUUGAGUUGUGGCAAACGAUAGCGAUUGCUGUGUGUUUGGCCAUAUGCAUCAUUUUGACAGUGGGUGGUAAUAUUUUGGUCCUGCUGGCAUUUAUUGUCGAUCGAAAUAUACGACAGCCGAGCAAUUAUUUUAUUGCAUCGCUGGCGGCCACGGAUAUGCUGAUAGGCACCGUCUCCAUGCCCUUCUACACCGUCUACGUUCUCAUGGGCUAUUGGGAUCUGGGCCCACUGCUAUGCGACCUCUGGCUUUCGGUGGACUACACAGUGUGUCUGGUUUCCCAGUACACGGUGCUACUCAUAACCAUCGAUCGCUAUUGUUCGGUGAAAAUUGCUGCCAAAUAUCGGAGCUGGCGCACCAAGCGUCGCGUGAUUUAUAUGGUUACCAUAACCUGGAUUAUUCCGGCCCUGCUCUUCUUCAUUUCCAUUUUUGGUUGGGAACAUUUUACGGGCAAGCGAGAUCUGCUGCCCGGCCAGUGUGCUGUACAGUUUCUCAAGGACCCGGUCUUUAAUACGGCCCUCAUCAUCGGUUAUUAUUGGACAACCCUGAUUGUGCUGUUCGUCUUGUAUGGCGGAAUUUAUAAGACCGCCUAUGAAAUGCAAAAACGUAGUGAAGCCAAGCAGCGGAAAAUGCAAUCAAUGGUUGCUCUUAGUGCGGGGGCCAUGUCCGGCAUGGCGGGACAUGCGGCGGGAAUUGGUGCCAUUGAGGAGAAAAUUUUGAAAACCAAAGUGGAGUUAAGCGGCUCACAGGACAAGGAUGGCUGUGAGCAGCAGAUUUCGGCCACCAAACGGGGUUCAGGGCAGGCCAACCCAUUGGCCCAGGCUUUGGUUGAAACAAAGGCUGCCGAGGAACAACGACGCAUCUCUGAGGGCAAGGUCAACAAGGGUUCGAAAAACGACUCCGGUGAGGUGGAGAAGAGUGAACGUUCCAGCAGUCCGGCCUUUGAUUCGGAUGAGGAGAGUUCCGUCAAUCAGGCCCAACAGCUGAUGCAACAGCAGCAGCAGCAAAAAGUGGCCAAUUUGCGUAAACGUUCUUCCAUUGGCCUGGUAUUUGGAGCCCAGGCGGCGCUAAUAGCCACACGCAGCAAAGGUAUGUGUACACCCACCUCCAAGUCCAGUGAAGCCAUGGCUGCCCUCUCAUCUGGGGCCAGUUCUCCCCAUCCCAGUCAGAAAAUUGAAAGAACCCAAAGCAAAGAGGAACUGAGUCGCCCAGCAGCAUCGGCCUCGGAUAAAAUGAAAAGGACCUCCUGUGCCACCCUAUCCCAGAUUGUUGAAACAGAACGCCAGUCCGAGGCCGUAAGGUCCUCAACCUCACCUCCAUCCUCCCACAAUAAAUCCAAAGUCCCCCCAGAUGAAUCCCCACUGUCUCCGGUGAAUUUGGCACCGAUUGUGGUGCCACGUGAACAGGUUCAACCCGGUUUGGUGCAUGCCAUUCUCCCUCCGCCGGAACAGUUUCAGUGCAGCUCCCUGCUCUCGGACGGUUCGGAAAAUCCCAGCAGUAACAGUGAAUUGCAUUUGACCUAUGAUGUGAUGGCCAAUAAUUCGGAAUUGCGUUUUAUGGACGAAAGUUCCAUAGCAAUGGCCUCGCCCACCUAUACCUAUAACAAUGGCGGUAUCGCAGGUUCCCAAGCACCCAAAACCACUGCUGUCACCACCAACACCAACGGCAGUGCCAUGACAACAAAUAAACUCCCAAGUGCCGGCAAUGCUGGGCAUGCCAAACAAAUGGCCAGCAGUCCCACGCUGUUGAGUCAGGCUUUGCAAAAAGUUGCUGCCCAAGCCAAGACCACAGCUGCAACCCCCACUCAACAAGUUGACGACAAUAAUCUCGACCCCAACAUUCAGUCCACCACCUCUGCCAAUACCACCGAAAUCAACUUUAAUCUCCCCCAUUCCCCUCAUCCAACCGGCAGCGAUGUUGAAAUUGAAAAACAUUUACUUAUUUCCUAUACAGGUCUGGAGGACUUUGAGAGGGUGCGUCGGGAGAGUUGCAUCGAUGCCAGCAGUCUGAUGUUUCCACGGCAUCACAGUGCCGAUGCGGGGCUAUUGAAAUAUACUUCAAUAACCACACAAAGCAAUGGCAGCAAAACAGCGGCAGCGGCGGCGGCGACGACAAAGAUGACAACAACAAAGGCGUCACCCGCUGCAACCCCCUCCUCCUCCUCAGUGGGAGACAAACGUGGCCGAACCACCACCACCACCAAGAACAAUAAUAAUAACAACAACAACAAUCAUUGUGGGACAACAAUCAGCAGUACGGCAGCACCAACCAGCAGCGUGACCACAGCAACAACAACAACAACAACGCAGCACCACCCACCUGUGGUCACCUCCAAGAGUCUGGACAAAAUCGAUGAACGAGAAACUUCAGACACCACACAAAAAAUGGCUUCCACAUCGGGUACAAGUUCGGGUUCGGGUACCACCACCCAACCGCCGGCACCGCAGCGCCAAUCCUCUUCCCUAAAGCUACAAAAGAAACCCCAUCCCCAUCAUCAUUUACAGCAUGCCGCCUCCAGCGGUAGUCGCAGCUCCAGCAAACGGGAUUUCAUGCAGUCGAUUAGCAAACAUUUCAAAAGUAAAAAGGCCACCAUACCCCUGGUCAUUGGAGUGGGUCGACAGAAAUCGAAAUCGGAGAAUAGGGCACGCAAGGCCUUUCGCACCAUUUCGUUUAUCCUGGGCUGUUUUGUGGCCUGUUGGACGCCCUAUCAUGUGCUGGCCCUGGUCGAGGGCUUUUGCCGGAACCCGCCCUGCACCAACGAGCACCUGUACAUGUUUUCCUAUUUCCUCUGCUAUGCCAACAGUCCCAUGAACCCGUUCUGUUAUGCCCUUGCCAAUCAGCAAUUCAAAAAGACAUUUACCCGGAUACUCAAAGGAGAUUGGCACAUGACCUAAACGAGGUGAGGCAAGGCAAGGCAAGGCGAGGCGAGGAGAGGAUGUGAUGAAGAGAAGGCCUUUGAACCACAUUGUUGUUAUUCUUUUUUUCAUUGAUAUUUUUGUUGUUUUUCAUAUGAGGAAAUAUGAAAAAAACCCAAUACACAUGAGCUUCUUCUUCAUGGACACUAACAAUGAAUUAACAGACACACACACGCACACAACUUUAUGCAUAUCUUCCAGACACACACACACACAAACACACGAGAGAAACUACUUAAAAAGGUGUGUUUUUCAUGUAGAUUUGUUGGGAUGUAAAGGCGAGUGUUUUCUGAUUAUCCACAUAAAAUGAAUUAUUGAUUUUUGUGACAUAACGUCUAUAAUUUGCUUAUCUACAAAACUUGGAUAAAAAAAUAUCCAACUUUUAUGUAUAAUAUUACCCAUCUACUGUGGACAUAAUGGUCCACAUUCUGUGAAUAAAAAAAUAUCUACAUUAUGCGAAUAACUAAUUUUAAAUAUUAUCCACAAUGCGUGGAUAAAAAAUUAUCUACAUUAAAUGGAUAAGUUAUUCAAAAAUAUAUACACGUUUUGUGGAUAAAAAUGUAUCUGCAUUAUGUGGAUACCAAAUUAUCCACGUAACAUGGAUACAAAAAAUAUCCAAGUAAAGUGGAAAAAAAAUUAUCCACACAGUGCGGGGAAAAAAUAUCCACCUUUUAGCGUUAAAAAUAUUCACUAUACAGAGUGAGACAAAAAAACUGCAACAAAGACAACAUUUUACAUUUUCAUACCCUCCACCAUACUAUGGAGGGUAUAUUAAUUUUGUCAUUCCGUUUGUAACUCCUCGAAAUACUCAUGUCAGACCCAACAAAGUAUAUAUAUUCUUGAUCAGCGUAAAAUUCUAAGAUGAUUUAGCCA